AUGAUCGGUUCGAAAGGGGCUUUACGAGAUAUAACUGGAAUUAAUUGUGGCAAUGAGGGCGAGUUGGGAAGACAAGAAGUUACAAGAUUCCGCAGGAUCUUACAACAUCCUAAGACAAGACCUUGUAAGAUCAUACAUAUGAACGAACAGGGAAUCACCAAUAUUCAAAACAAUAAUCAUAAUAGCAAUGGCGUCAUAGUAAUGAAUAAUGCUCCAUUGGUAUGUAUUCAUCGAACAGGAUUGUCCAAUAGUUUUGAAAUCGAUCCCAUUAUCACUACUCGUCUUCGUCCUGAUUUGCUAUCAUCGUCGAAAGAGGGAUAUUUAGAAGCAAAAAAAGACACAAAUGUGCGAGAUUAUUCAACAUCAAUAAAUGAUAGUCAUCAUCAUCAUCAUCGUUUAUCAUUAUUCAAACCAAUUGAAAGGAAAUUUUCUAAAAUGUUACGUGGUACAUAUUCGUCUGAAGAGAUUAAAGCAAACGGAUAUCGAUCAGUGGUUGUUAGUCACGGACAAUGUUCGCUUAGAUGUCUGGAUAUCGUAAGGCAAUUAUCGGAAAAACGUCAGAAUUUAUUAUUUACUCUGGUGUAUUCAUCGCGUUUUUUACAAGAUCUUGAAGCAUGGACAAAAUGUUUAAUGUCAUUACAAAAUAUUAUUCAAUUUACAGCGAAAAUACUUACAUAUUCAGAAAAAAAAGUUUUACUGGUGGAUGUUGAAUUAGAAUAUUUUAAAAUGGUUACAGUUGAUCAAGAAGCAUUUUUUGGUAGAACUUGUGGAUUUCAAUUUGCGCAAUCAUUACACACGAUGUUGACGUUAUUACUUGCUGGAUUAGCCACAUAUCAUGAUACAUACAACAAAUCCAUUCCUCAUGCUGCUCUUACACUUGCGACAAGUUCUAAAUAUAUCAUGUUUCCAGAACAACGUGCAAAAAAAUGUGCCAAUGUAUUUCGUGACAGCGAUUAUUUAUUUUGUAAGAGUUUUUGGAAUCUAGUUGAUCAUGAUGUGAUAAAGAUUGGACCAGAUCCAAUCACAUUGUCACGAUUAGACAGUCAAGGAGAUGAAGUGGUGAUUAAUGCGCCAACCGCUUCAGCUGGCGAAGGAGAGCCGCGUGAAAGAGCUGCUAGCAAUAUUGGAAGUGACACUUCGCAACUUUCAGCUGGUAGUGGUGCCGAGAGACUAUACAAUUUAGUUAACAUUAAAGUUUUAUCUAGCGAAGUGAGAAAAGGAAUGGAACAUUUGUCCUCGAAAAAAAGCGAUUAUGAAAUUAGUUCUCACAAAAUGUUACCACAAAGUGAUCAUUUGAUUAUGCACAUUCAUGGUGGCGGUUUUAUUGCAACAUCUUCAACUACACACGAAAAUUACCUCAAACCAUGGGCUUUAGAAUUAGAAGUACCGAUUGUGGCUGUUGAUUAUUCUUUAGCUCCGGAAUAUCCGUUUCCACAAGCUAUUGAAGAAUGUUAUUACGCUUAUGCAUGGAUACUCAAAAAUGCUGAUAAACUAGGUUGGAAUGGAAAAAAUUUGAUAUUAACUGGCGAUUCUGCUGGAGGAAACCUCGUUACCGUCGUAACAAUGAAAAGUAUUGAAGAUGGUUUAAGAUGUCCGGAUUCACUUGUGUGUUUUUAUACACCAUUCCUAUUAGGUUAUAGUAUGUCACCUUCAAGAGUAAUGGCUAUUAUGGAUCCUCUGUUAAACGCUGGAUUUCUGUGGCGUUGUUUGGCAGAUAAUUCCACAUUUAACUGUGAAAUGAAUACUACAGAAAGUUGUUCUCCUGAAAAACAUAUAAUUGGUUCUGUGCCCGAUUCACUUAAAAUACGAUAUGUAAAUGCUCAACAAUCAGCUUCUCCUAAUAUUCAAACUGAAAAUCACGAACAAGAAAAUCUUCGAAAAGAGAUUGAAAGUCAUUCUGUUCAUGUUGUAUCAGAAUCUAUUGAUCAAACUGACAGAACUGCUUCGUUAAUAGAAAAUACGGUUAGUGGUCAAAUAGUGCAUUCAUUGUUAGCAACAACCGAAAACAGCCCAUCAGCAAACGUUACAUUUGGAUUCGAAGAGAAUUAUUAUAUGAGAUUAGACGAAAUCAUGCACAAUCAACAGGCUCAUUUAUUAAGAAAACUUAGAGAAUCAAGUUUAUCAAAUCAUCCAUACAUGUCACCAUUAUUAGCAGAUGACGAAAUUUUGAAAAAAUUUCCAAUGACUUAUCUUAUUCCGUGUGCAAGAGACGCUUUCAUCGAUGACAAUGUAGAAUUUGCAAAACGUUUACGCUCCCUUGAUGUUCCUCAUCAACUCAUUAUUGUUGAUGAACUUCCACAUGGUUUUCUAAAUUUUGGAUUUGCAUCCACCACCAGCGCAAAACAAAAUACGGACACGAUUAAAUUAUUACAAAAGAUAUUGAUCACAAAUGUAACUUCAAAGCGUUACACAUUUUUAUAG